CGAUAUUCCUAAGAGGACGCUAGUGCACAGAGGGAGAUUCCUCUGGUACGCUAAAUCCCGUAAGAUCAACAGUCUUUGUCAAUGUGUUAGUAUCGGUGCGUAGAGAAAAUGGCGAAUCGCACGGUAAAAGAUGCUAAGUCUAUUCGCGGGACAAAUCCGCAAUAUUUGGUAGAAAAAAUUAUCAGGUCUCGAAUAUACGAUUCCAAAUAUUGGAAGGAGGAAUGUUUCGCUUUAACGGCCGAAUUGCUAGUCGACAAGGCGAUGGAGUUGAGAUAUAUAGGAGGAGUGUAUGGCGGCAACGUGAAACCAACACCAUUUCUUUGCCUUAUAUUGAAAAUGCUGCAAAUACAGCCUGAGAAGGACAUUAUAGUAGAGUUCAUAAAGAAUGAGGAGUUUAAAUAUGUUCGAGCUUUGGGUGCUCUUUAUAUGAGACUGACAGGUUCUUCCUUGGACUGUUACAAAUACCUGGAGCCGUUGUUCAAUGACAAUAGGAAACUUAGAAUGCAAAACAAGCAGGGUGUGUACGAACUGAUACAUAUGGACGAGUUCAUCGACAAUCUCCUGAGGGAGGAAAGAAGUUGCGAUGUUAUAUUACCAAGGAUUCAAAAAAGACACGUCUUGGAAGAAAAUAAUGAGCUGGAGGCCAAGAUAUCUGCAUUGGAAGAUGACAUGGAUGAUGGUAUCGAGUCGUCAGAGGAUGAAGAGAUUGUACCUAGUAAGGAAGUACCACGCAAAAGACCGGACGAUCACGAGCGCGACAGAGAUCGCCACAGAGACAGAGACAAGAGGCAUUCUCGGUCGGAGAAGAAAUUGGAGAAAGAAAAGCAGAGGUCGAGAAGCCGAGAGAGAGACAGAGACAGAAGGGAACGUAAACGCAGUAAAUCCCCGAAAUCACACUCUUCGCACAAAGAUAAAGAAAGAGACAGAGAUCGUCACAGGAGAGACGACCGCGAGAGAGAAAGAGAGAGAGAAAGGGAAAGAGACAGGGAUCGAAGAAGGGAACGCGACAGAGCUAGGCAUUAAACUACCAAAAUAUGCAAGAGCGGAUUUUUAUCAAAUGUGGUUUAUAUGAACAAUGGAUGAAUAAGAGAGAGAGACAGAGAGAGAGAGAGAGAAAUAACCUUUUCUAGUGUUUCUUCUUUUCAGCAUUGUCUGAAUGU